UAUGAAGUUGAAAAAACCUUCAAUAAAAGCCUCCAAAAUCUCCUCACUUCUUUCCUUUGAUUCUUCCGUCCUCCACCAUGAAUCCUCUCCUCCCCAUCUCUUAUUUUCUAUAAUUCAAAUCCCCUUUCUGUCUCUUCUCUCUUUCAUGUCUUUUCCCCACCAUGAGAAGAAGAGUCUCUGCAUCAUGUUCAAAUUCUCCUCCCUCUUCUCCACCUUAUCUCUUGCAGCUUUCCUUCUCCUUCUCCUCCUCGCCAUCAGCGCUUUCUCCAAUUUCUCACUCCACUCCGUCGCCUUCCGAUCGAAAAGACCCACUUGGGUUUUCCCCUUUGAUAAGGCUCGGGUACAGUUCAAAUCGAACUCUACGCCUGCAGUUCUGCUUUCGGUAGAAGAAGAGGUCUGGGAGAAUUACGUCCGAGACCCAGGUCCUGUUCUUCCUCCCAUUAAUGUCACGAUCGAGGAGAGGAUCAAAUGGUUCAUAGAAAACAUUAAUGAAUUCAAGAUUAUUCGAUCAAAUGGGUUGACCCAGAAAUUUGCAGCGAGGGCUCAGGAGUUCUUUGAUGACGGGUGCGAGGCCCGGUUCUUCAUGACAUGGAUUUCACCAGUGAGACUGUUCGGGCAUCGGGAAUUCCUCGCCUUGGAGAGCCUCUUCAAAGCUCAUUCUUUCGGGUGUUUGAUGAUUCUUUCGACGACAAUGGAUUCCCGGCGCGGGAGCCAGGUCUUGAAACCUCUGGUGGAUGCUGGUUUCAGAGUGAUAGCAGUCACACCAGACUUGCCAUUUCUGUUCAGAAACACGCCAGCAGGGGCCUGGUUUAAUGAGCUGAAGAAGGGGAAUGUUGAUCCAGGCGAGAUUCCAUUAGCUCAGAAUCUAUCCAAUCUGCUACGACUUGCAGUCCUAUAUGAAUAUGGCGGCAUUUACUUGGACACUGAUUUUAUAGUGAUGAAGAAGUUAACAGCUUUGAGGAACUCGAUCGGGGCCCAGGCCAUCGAUGCAGAGACUGGGAAUUGGAGCCGUCUGAACAACGCGGUCCUGAUUUUCGAUAAGCAGCAUCCUCUCCUGUUCAAAUUCAUUGAGGAAAUCUCACUCACUUUCAAUGGAAACAAAUGGGGCCAUAAUGGGCCGUAUUUGGUUUCAAGGGUGGUCGCAAGAGUAGCCAAGAGGCCUGGAUAUAACUUCACUGUCUUGCCACUGAUGGCCUUCUAUCCAGUAGAUUGGACUAAGAUAGGUGGGUUGUUCAAGAGGCUGGAGAAUCUGGUUACGUCGAGAUGGGUUGCUGCGAAGCUGCUUCAACUGAGCGGAGAGACCUACGCAAUUCACCUAUGGAACCGACAGAGCAACAACUUGAAAAUCGAAGAAGGGAGUGUCAUGGGCAGACUCAUAUCAGAUCACUGUCUCUUUUAUCUAGCAAACUGCUGCUUUUUCCAGACGAGGAUAAUGAAGAACAUGAGGCAGCAGAGGAAGAGAGAGAAGCCAAAGAGGAGCAAGAGAUAUACAGAGAUUUCUGGUAGUUGAUUAUCUGCCUGAUCCUGUCCUUCUGAAUCUCAGGAUCAAUUCUGCCUAGCAUUUCAUCAUCAACUUCUUCAGUUAUCUCCGAUGGAUUCUGAACUGCUUUCAUCUUGGCAAAAAUAACUAAUUCAUGCAAGAUACAGGAACCUUAUGUAAUAUGUUGUCACAAGCCCCAGAAAAGGAUGAUGUAAGGAAGAAACAGAAACUGGGACAAUGCAAAGGAGGCUGGAAAACGACCAGGUCUCCUAAUAAUAAUAAAAAAUGCUGGAGCCGGCAAUGAGGAAUU